UACGUAAAGAUGCGCCAUUGCUUCCUCUAUUACCCCCAAUAAAGCACUAACCUCGGCGUUCCCUCGGCAGCUCCUGAUUGGCUACGAGAGCGGUCAGCUUGUCUUGUGGGACUUCAAAGGGCGCACCGCUGAAGUUCGCUACCAUUCUGCCGAACCACUGAGGUCAGUCUCUUGGCACCACGAGGGGAAGCAGUUCAUGUGCUGCCACACGGAUGGUUCCCUCACCACCUGGACACUGAAGCAGAAUUCCAAUAGGCCUACAUCACAUGUCUUCCCUCAUGGACUCCUGUGACAUCAAGAUCAAGGUCAAGAUCAACGGAAGUAAACAGAGCGACGCUGCGGAGUCUGUCACGCCGCCCACGCCCACACAGUGCCCCCACGCCCAUCCAGUGCCCCCACGCCCACACAGUGCCCCCACGCCUCCACGCCCAUCCAGUGCCCCCACGCCUCCACGCCCAUCCAGUGCCCCCACGCCUCCACGCCCAUCCAGUGCCCCCACGCCUCCACGCCCAUCCAGUGCGUAUUACAAGAGUGUUAGGAGUGUUGUCCGUGGCCAGGUCCAGGCACGAUGCUUCCACGUCUCCCCGCUGAUCUCUACGGCCCAGAAGGUGGCCAUGUCCCACCUGGACCCUGGCUCGGAGAUGCCCUACCCCAAGCUGCAGGCCAACUUAGAUAUCGUCCAACAAAGGGGCUUCAUGGUGCAGUGGUUAGCACACUCGCCUCACAACCGAGAGAGCCUGGGUUCGAUUCCCGGGCGGAGUGGAAAAAUUUGAGCGGGUUUUCCAAUACCCUACGUAGC